CAAUUUCCUCAAAGUAACUUUCGUCCUUCUUAUUACUAGAGAUUAGUGUAUCUCGAUCAUGAGAGCUUCGACGGGGCUUUCGGAAAGCGCUCAGAGUGCCUUGAUCAUGGCCAGUAGCACGGAAGGAAAAAAUGAGGACUUGCAGAGCAGCGAAGCCACAUAUCCGACAGAAACUGGUUCCAUCUCAGAAGAAGAAAACUCGGGUUGGUUUGGUGGCAUCGGUGCUGACUUUCGAACGAUUGCCUGCACUUUGAAGGAGACUGCGGGUGGCGUAGCUAGUUUUGUGCAUCGUUCCGCGGUCGCUGUAGCCACAGAAAUCGCCGAAUUGGAGAAGGAUGGCGAAGGCAACGAUCUCUGUGAGCAUCACGGAGACCGUGUUUUGCCGUUGCCGUGGGAAAUUAUAAGCGACACGAGUUCUACGGAAGAAGAUUUGGAGUUGAAGGAAGCUAUAUUUACUCUUAGCAUCUCGGAAGGAACUUUUCGUCACCCAUUUUCUACAAAGGACUUGGAAGAAGUUGGCCGUGAAGUUAAGUUUGUUCUGGACGAGCCACGCAUACAUUUGAUCCGUCGACUUUUGGAAUUUGAUGAUAAUCUAGCAACAAUGCAUGCCAGGCUGUCGGGUAGAAGUGAUGUACGCGAAAUAAUCUUCUGGCGGAACUAUUUCCACCACUGUGAAGAAACUCGCGGAACCCAUCUCGCGCAAUACGGUGACUUACUAUCCGUCCAAUCCCAAAAUUCGCUCGUCGGUGCCGAUAACGACUCACAGCAAGGCGAUGAUUCUUCGUAUUAUUGCGUUCCAACACCACCAAGAAGUAUGAACUCUACCGGAUUUCGGAGUGUAGAUUCUAUGGUUUUUAUAGAUGACACCGAUACGUAAAAUUUAAGAUGGGUUUUGGUUCUUUGUGAAACAGGUCGUCUCUGAGAUACCGGGACACCUUUGUUGUAAACAUCGAGCACCCUUCUCUCAAGACAGAGUCUACUGUUUAUUCAACGUAAGUUGGCAUAAUGUCG